AUGACGGAUUUGUCAGAUUUAUUGAAAAACGAAGGCUGGUACCUCAGUGAUGAAGGUAUAUCGGAUCUCAAAGGUUCUGCAGAGAAAGUAACUGCUAGUGACAUCAUUCGUAUUGCACUGGAUAAUGAUCUCAGGCCUAUUGGGAAGAAAUUUCUACCAUCAGAUAUUAACAGUGGAAAGGUUGAGAAGUUGGAGGGGCCUUGUGUCCUCCAGGUGCAGAAGGUGAGGAAUAUAUCUGCUCCUAAAGACCAUGAAGAGUCCCAGGGGGCACCUCGCAUGCUGCGCCUCCAAAUGACAGAUGGCCACACCACCUGUGUGGGGCUGGAGUUUCAACACCUGUCUAAGAUAAGUCUUAACACACCUCCCGGCACAAAAGUAAAGCUCCUGGGCACAGUUCAGGUCAGAAAUGGCCUUCUUCUGCUCGACGAUUCUAAACUCUGUGUCCUUGGCGGAGAGGUAGAUCACAUGGUUGAGAAAUGGGAACUUCAAAGGAGUCUGGCCAAACACAGCAGGAAUAACAUUGGAGCAGAAGGCGGCCCUCCCCCAUUUGUGCCAUUUGGUCAGAGGUGUGCGAGGAAGGAGGACGUGGAUAGUCGGGAGCUGGACCAUAGGAAGACCCUCCAAACCCAAACCGUUGUGAAAAAUGCAGAGGAAAAUGAGGAGUUUGAAAAGCAGCGGACAGCAGCCAUUGCUGAAGUGGCAAAGACCAAAGAGGGUCCUCGAACGUUUGGCGGAGGUGGGAAUGCUGGAAGUAAUUUAUCCAAUACUUCUACCUCUUAUCGAACUCGGGACUCGUUCCAACAGAGAAGACGAGAAGAAAAGCCUGAACGAUAUGAUGGCAACUACCGAGAGCUGGUGGAUGAACGUGCUCUGAGAGACAUCAUGGAGAUGGGCUUUAACAGGGAGGCCGCCCGGCAAGCGCUCAUGGACAACAACAACAACCUGGAGGUGGCACUUAACAGCCUCCUAACCGGGCAGUGCACAAACAGGGCAAGCCCCACCGUGUCCGAAUCUAACAAGUUCCAGCCAAGAGCCAGAGGACGAGGAAGAGGUCGAUCCAGAAAUGAUGAUUCUGAGGAGGGAGGUGGGAGGCCAUCUGGCCCAAGCACUUUAUUCGACUUUUUGGAGUCCAAGAUGGGAAAUCUCUCUGUCGACGAGGCAAAGAGUCAUGCACCUCAGCGGCAACACGACGGCAGGCCAAAUUUCUCCAACUCCGACAGCUACUCCAAAGGCCCGCCACAGAGCAGGUUCUCCUCACACAACGACCAGCGGCAGCAGAGGAACGACAGACCCCCUCGUUUCCAUAGAGACACAGACUUUCCCAAACCGGGCCACGAUCCAGUCACCAACUCCUCACAGUCCAACACAUCGCAGCCCCAGCACUGGAGGUCUCACGAAGAGCAGGCUUCUACUUUCUCCCAGACAUUCUCUCGCUCAAAGGGGCCUCAGCAGCAGACAGACUUUAGCGGAUCUUUCCAACCACACCAGUCCAGAAACGGGGACGGCGUGAACUCGGCCCACCGGAAAGGCCCGAGAGAAAACGCACCUCCCAUCCGAAUAGGUAACAACGCCGCGAUAAGCAACGAGCCGGAGGGAAGAGGCGGGCCCAAGCGCUCCGAUAACCGCUCCGAUAACCGCUCCGAUAACCGCUCCGAUAACCGCUCCGACGACGCAAAUCCCAACAGGCGGAAAGGCAAAGGCGAUCGACCGAAUUCUGAAAACUUUGACAAACUCCCGCGAGAUAACGGGCCGCCGAGCUUUAACGCAAGAGGAGGUGGAGGGGGAGGAGGAGGAGGAGGUAGUCCAGGGUUCAAUGCAGCAGACCAACUGUAUUUAGUAAACGGGGAUGUUGAACACAAAAGGACUGGACCAAUUAAGCCGCUGCUAACUCCCAGUGUUGCCCCCAAUAAAGAGGCUCCUCCCAGGAAGAACAAUAGCAGCAACAGUAACAGGGGGUCUAACAGGCGGCAGGCGGGACAGGGUAAAGGCCACAGAGGACAAGAGAGGAGUCAUAACCCACAGCAUAUAUGGAGACCCGGGGAUCAGUGUCUAGCCCUGUACUGGGAGGACAACAAGUUUUACCACGCCAGGGUAGACGCGGUGCACCCGUCCGGCUCCACGGCGGUGGUGGUGUUCAGCGAUUACGGAAACUGUGAAGAAGUCCUCCUGGAUAAUGUCAAACCCGUUUCUGCUGAUGGUCUGGAUGAAGAAGACGCCCAGACGGAGCAGACCCACGCAGCAGUACUACCAGCCGCCGCGAGCACGGGACGAAGACCAGCCACAGCCGCGGGAAUAAAUACUGAAGAGCUGGCCCCGCCUCCGCCGUGGCAGAUGCCCGUGCUAAUCCAGUGCUUCCUGAACUUCCCUGUGUCUGCUUCGCUAGGACACUAA